CAUAACUAAUUUUUAAUUAAUUAAUUUACUAAUUAAUACAUUUAAUUAUACAUUUAGUUAAUAAUUAAAGACACAAAUUAAAGCAUUUAUUUGUUAAUAUAAAUAAAUUCGAUUCUAUCUUCAAAAUAUAUUUUAUGAUAUAAAUUUUAUGUGCAAGAUAGAAUAUAUAUUUAUUAUAGUAUUUUUACAUCAAUAACAUAUUUAAUUCAAUAUAUAUGAAAAAUUCGAUAUGCACUUACAAUUUUAUACAAUUCAUAAAAUGUAAGAACAGACUAUAAAAUAUAAUUUUAUACAAUCCCAUAGAAAAUUAUUGUUUAAAUUUUAUAUGUAUACAUAUAAUUAUCUGAUUAUACUUAACGAUUAUACUUAACAAAUAUAUAUGUACAUAUAGGAAUUUUAAUACAACGUUCAAUACGAUAAUUUUAUCAUAAAUAUAAUUGAAGAUUAUAUCAUAUAUAGUUAAAUAAAUCCAUAUUAUUGAAAAAUAUUAUUGUGUACGUAGUACAAAAGUUGUGUACGUACUUACAAUUUAACGAAUAUUUGUUGCACGUAGCGAAGAUUUAUUGGAUACCAUUUAGUUUUAAAUAUAAUAUUAUAAUAUAUUCGAUUAACUUCAGGUUGUAGAUAAAUUGUAGCCCUCUACUAACAGACGUAAGUAACUACAUAAUAAGUUACCGACUGUUCGACAUCUCAUACUGUGUUACGCGGGCUGAGUAGUAAUUCUAUUACUGCGUUAUUCAGUGAUUAAACUAUUUAUGUUAGAUUUCCUGCUUCAAGUGUUUAGAAUGCAUACUGUUCCGUCAUUGUUCCUAAGUAUGUAACUGUAAUUACGUGAAUUUGCUUUGGUUUACAGUAAACAUUCCAAGAUAUAACAGUGAUUCAUUGAAGCGCAAACAAGUGCCAAUAUUUGAGAAAAUUCGUGUGUAUAAAUUCACAUAUAAAAUUGAUCAUAUUCGAACUCGGUUUUCAAAGUAGUUUGAGCAUGGAUUUAAGUGCGUGACAAUCGAAGAAAAAAUUGCAACAUUAGAGAUAUUGGAAUUAGCUCGAUAAAUUUCAUUUAUUAAUCAUUCAACGAAUCAGGAAAUAUGUCUGUCAUAUUGCAAUGGCUCGAUCAUGGGUAGGAUGUUUGUUCGGUGUUUUAAUACCAUCCGCAGUUUUUUACCUGUAUUUAUUAUUAAACGUUCCUUCUGCCGAAAUCAGUUCCUUCAAAAUUAAUGGUAAAUUGGGAUCAUCCGUGAAUAUAGAAAAAGCAAGUCCACAUAUAACUACUUUCGAAAAGUUGCGCUUAGAAAAUAAUCACAAUGAGGUAAAAUGCGAGACCGUGCAUAUUGCGAUGGUGUGCGCCGGAUACAAUUCAACAUUCGCUCUGGUGACAGUAGUAAAAUCCGUUUUAUUCUACCGCACUAAACCUUUGCACUUUCACUUGCUCGUUGAUGAAAUUGCAAAGAGGACUUUGACAACUGUAUUCCAAACAUGGGAUUUACCACAUGUGAAUUUAACCUAUUACAAAGCAGAGAAAUGGGUACCAAAAGUAUCUUGGAUACCGAACAAACAUUACUCCGGUGUUUACGGUCUUUUGAAAUUAAUUCUGCCGGAUGCGAUGCGGGAGGAUAAAGUGCUUGUAUUCGACACGGAUGUGACUGUGCUGAACGAUGUUAGUUUACUUUGGCAUAUAUUCGAGAAGUUCUCGAGCGAUCAAGCGCUAGGGUUGACAGAAAAUCAGAGUCAUUGGUACAUAAAGGCAUUGUCUUACGGUCAACGACCAUGGCCGGCAUUGGGACGAGGCUUUAACACUGGCGUGAUGCUAAUGCACUUGCAACAACUUCGUAAGAGAAAAUUUACGAGCCUGUGGGAAGCUGUUACGAAGCGUGUGCUGGCCCAUAUACCGGAAACUAGUUUAGCUGAUCAGGAUAUAAUAAAUGCCGUUAUCAAAGAACGUCCUUUUAUCGUAUAUAAAAUAAAAUGCACGUGGAAUAUUCAAUUAAGCGAUCAUACAAUUAGCGAUAUAUGUUAUCGUGACACUAGUCAAAUAAGCAUUAUUCAUUGGAAUUCUCCUCGCAAACAAGAUGUAUAUAAUAAGCAUAUUAACGAAUUUCGUAAGUUACAUAGAGUUUUCCUCGAGAUGGACGGGAAUUUAUUACGUAGACGCUUAUUUGGUUGUGAUAAACACGAAACUGUGUCUCAAUAUAAUGAGUCAAGUCCUUGUCGAGAUUUCACAAAAGGUGCUACCAUGUUGUAUCGUACUCAUCCUUUCCUUCUUGAGUAUGAAUACAAUGUAUAUACUCCAGCGGAUGUUGCUCUAAUAACUCAGUGUAGCGUAGAGAGAAUACCAUUACUAGAAGACCUAUCGAAACAUUGGCCCGGUACCAUAAGCGUUGCACUGUAUCUCACCGAUGCUGAAGUGCAGAAUUUCCUAGAGUUCGUACGCGGUUCCAUCGAGUUGAGAAACAGGAAGAACAUCGCAUACCACGUCGUUUACAAGGAUGGGGAACUCUAUCCAAUUAAUUAUUUACGAAAUAUUGCGAUGUCAUAUAUAUCAACCCCAUACAUCUUUCAAUUGGAUGUCGAUUUUCUGCCUCAAUAUAGAUUACACGAAAAUCUUAUGAAUUAUAUCGUUAAAUUGAAUAUUAGCGAGUCAGAUAAGGUAGCUUUGAUCGUUCCAGCCUUUGAAACGGAGCGUUAUAGAUUCACUUUUCCUGCUGACAAGGAUGAACUUUUGAAAUUUUUAAAGCGCGGUGUUCUAUAUACUUUUCGUUAUCACGUUUGGACCCAGGGUCAUGCUGCCACUAAUUAUACUUAUUGGCGUAAUACAAUGGAACCAUACGAAGUUUCUUGGGAACCAGAUUUUGAGCCGUAUAUCGUAGUCUCAAGAUUAGCGCCCCGUUACGACACCAGAUUCAUUGGUUUUGGGUGGAACAAGGUGUCUUAUUUGACGCAUUUGACAGUAUUGAAUUAUAAGUACAUUGUCUUACCGGAUACAUUCAUUAUUCAUCGGCCUCACGCCCCUAGUCUCGACAUCGGCAAGUUCAGAACUGACUCUAUUUAUAGAAGUUGUUUAAAAAAAUUGAAAGAUGAAUUCGUUGAAGAAUUAAUGUCAAAGUAUGGUGAGAAUGCAUUAUUGAAGUUAAAGAAAAUGACCAAAGAUGAAAGAAUAUUAAAGUCUGUUGAAACCAAAAAAUAAUUAAUUAUAUUUGUAAUGAUAAGAACGACUGCGAAAAUGCUGAUAUUAUUGCUAUUUUCUCAAUAAAAAUGUAUUUAAAAAAUUAUAUAUAUAUUUUCCUCUAUUCUUCUAAAUUAUUAAUUGAAAAUAGACAAUAAUGGGAUUGGGAAAUAUUUAUUAAAAUUUAACCAUCGUGGAGUGUACAGAGUGGUGCUUUCAGUACAUUCUCUUAAUGUUACAGUCACGCUAAAUAUUUCAUUUAUAAAAUAUGUAUAGUAUUUACAGUGAUAGUACAUUGACAAUGGCGUAUAAAUUAUAAUCGGCCAAAAAUGUUGUACAUGAUAAAACUAAAUUACGUUAGAAAGCAAAUAGUACAAUAUUUCUGAUAAAACUUGCUAAAAAUAAUCACGAUCACAAUAAUAAUAACAAUUUAACAUAGCGAUAUAAAUCGAUAGGAAUAUUAAAUAUUAACGAUAUUAAUUAUUAUUUAAUAAUAAUAUCUAAUAAUAAUAGCUGUGAUAAUAAUAAUAAUAAGACGAAUAUUAAUAAAAAAGACAGUAUAUAAUAAAAUGAAAAAAAAAAAAGACAUGAUCAUCGUUCGCAAAGAUUUUUUACCUCGAUUAUCCAUCCUUAACAUUCCUAUGUCAUCUAGAAUCUAAAGUAAAAGAAAAAAUCUUGAUCGCUCUACGUUUUCCCUAGAGAGUUUUUCUUACACCUAUAUCGUGACACGUAAACAUAGUUCCUUUACAUUUAUAAUAAUCCCUAUUUACGAUAAAAACACUUUAAAGCGUUCUUAUCCUGUACAACUUAGAGCUGUACGAGAUACGAAAAUAUGUUAAUGAAACAUCAUUUAUUCAUAACUCGGCCCCAUGAAAAUCCGCGUACAAAUAUCUGAGAAAUCUGGACGCGGCUGGAUCCAUAGAAAACGGCGCCCUAACAACUCUUCGUCAGGAACAUGCUUUACAUUCUGCACGGUAUUAUCAUUACACGUUACAGUAUACAUGUGGAAAAUCCUUCUAUAAUAUAUAUAUAUAUAUAUAUUUUUUAAACAAGUGGCGAUGGAAUGAGUUAGGCAGUUUCAACGAUGAUUAGGACACGACUUCAGCGAUCAAUCGAGAAAGCACAAUUAUUAUUAUUAUUAUUAUUAUUAUAAUAUUUUUUUUUAUUUAGAACUAUUCGCAAUAUAAUUUUUUCAAAAUCAAUUGAUUACUCGAGAUUAUUUACGAGUAAUAUCUAUUAUAUUUAUAUUAUUUCGUAUUUCUUUGUUCCACUUUUAAAAGACAUAAAGUUCUAAUCUAUGCUUUAUACUUUAUGUCACAAAUAUUUUUGAAAACUCUGAAAAAUAAUCUCGAGUAACCAGUUGAUCUUAGACUUGUGACCAGCAUUGUCCAUAAAUAGGAAAAAACCUAUUGUAUCUUUGUCUCUUUUGUUAAGCUCCUUCAUAUCUUUACCGAUAUACAUAUAUUUUUUUCAUACAGAAUGGCAUGAUCCAUGUUCCCACAGUCAAAAGAAAUAUUUUUUAGGAAAACUUUCUAAAUUUUUUAUAAUUUAGUAUAUCAACAAUGCUGGUUUACACCAAAAUCUUCUCGUUUAACACUUUCUGAUGAAAUCUUCCCCUAGAAGCGUUUAUACGUUUUUUCGAAACGUGGAUCAUUUAUAACUGUAGUAUACUUUUGAUAUCUUCAAAGUUCAAUUGUAUUAAGGAAAUUAUUUUGGAACGAAAAUCGCAUCAUUUCGAGUUCUUCACUUCGUCAUUAUGAAUCUUUUUGUUGUUACAAACGCAAUUCCUUAUCGAGAAAUCUAUAGAACUAAAGCUAAAUGAAAUUACACAAUUUUCUCAAUUUCAAAAGUGUCAGUCUUCGAAGAAUGGUUACGAUAGAUCGAUGAGUAAAUAAAUGCAAUGUAUAAUUUCACGCGAUUUACAGUACAAUAGAAACGAACGAUAUUUAAACAUAUGAUACGCAUAUGGUACACUUAAAUCUAGAUGAUUCACACGAUAAUAUAAUCGUUAAUAUAUAUCGUUACCAUACGGUAAUUUGUGUGCUCGAAAAUUAGAUUUAAAAGUUCACAUUUAUCGUUUAUUUUUCAUGGUCUUUAAUUUCAGGAGAAAAUUAAUAUUUUUAUUGUACUGGUAUAAUUUCUGCUAAUUUUUAUAUACUCGACCAUAUCAGAUCAGCGUUUUAUAUCUCAUUUCCGAGAAUUAAUUAAUUGUUAUGAACUUUUUCGCUUUAAUGAAAUAUUUCAUUACGUUUGAAAGAACCGUUUAAGAAUACGUUUAAAAAAUAUAUUUCAAAAAACAGAAAUAGCAUAAUUAGGAAGAUUAUUAUCGUCCUUUUUUGGAAUGAAUUCAACAUGUUUCAUUUGUCUUGCGAAUGUUUCUCGAAUGAAUACAUUAUUUCUGGAAUAAAUCUAGCGAGAUAUUUAAAUUUCCCUCACAAUUAACUAAAUUUAUUUGUACUGUCGAAUUUGUUAUUUAAAUGUGCCAUAAUACAAUAAUCUAUUAAUCUUUAAAAAAACACUAUUAUAUUUGUCCCUAUAUUAUGUGUAAUUUUAUUACAUUUUCGUCAAUAAUAGUAUUUUCGAAAUCAAAGAAAUUAUUUUGAUCGAAAUUAUCUUUUAUUUUUAUUUCAUAGCAGAUAAAUAUUAUAAAAAUUAUAAAAAUCUUUCAUAAAAACGAUCGAUUUGAAAUUGUCUCGAGGUAUCUAAUACAUUUUGAUCCAGUCAUUCCCAUUCAGAUGCUUUCGUAUCAGAUCGUGAAAUUAAAUUUUAUCAAAUUAAUUAUGCAUCUAAUCUCCAAGUAUGGUCGGAUUUGUAAAUCGGACGGUAUACUCGUCUGCAUCUUUAUGAUUGCAGAUCAAGAAUUUCGCGUUAAUACUUCAUGACAGAAAUAAGAUUAUUCGCAAUCGUCGAUUAAAAAUCGGUUUAAUUUUUUUUUUCUUUUCUUUUUAGAUAGAUGGAAACAAUAACAAUGUGUUAUUGCGGAGCUUCGAAAAUGAGAUGGAUCAAAAAGCUACGAGAUUUUUAAGUAUAUCUAUGUAACAAAAUAAUCCAACAACGAUAUUUCUUAUCAGUAAAAGUUUCUUCCGGCAGCAUGAGACGGGGAAUAGAACUGGUCGAUUUUUCGACGAAACAAACGAUUCGAUUAAUGUAUAAUACAACAAAAUAGAUUAUCUUUCCCCCAAAGUGUAUCAAAAUUUGUCAAGAAUAUCGACAAUUACAAGAUGAAUAAGGAGAAACCUUGUCAACGUCAAUUUGACAGAAUGUGCCUAUAAAUUACUAAAAAAAAAAAAAAAAAAAAAUCAUGGAAAUGGGAUCUACAUUUAUCGGAAAACGAUACUACAAUUGUGCCCAUAGAAAUUCACUUCAACAGCGUAAAUACCCGUUUUUAGACAAGGGUCGCGGGUACAGUAACUUCUAAACCAAUCUCACAUUAAAUCACGCUCUUGCUCACCCUUGUUCCUUUCUUCCCACGGGAUGAUGAUCGUCGAGCUGAACCAAUAUAUACCGCAAACAAUCGAUCGAAUCGAUCGUUCCUAAUAUUUCCACAACGCGCGGUGCAAACUUUAUCUGCCAAUUAAAAACCGUAAACUAACUCUCGUCUAAUCGACUGUGGUACACGAGACAACGACAAACGAGAAACACAGACGCUCCAUAUAAUUCCAUAAUUGAACGAGAAAACCCAAGUAACAAGUGCCGCGAUACCUUUAGUCCUUUCAUCUCCGUUAAAGGUGUUGUCGCGAGUUGCCUUUUCAUUCCGUUUCUCGUUUCCUUCGAAAAAUCUCGCGUGCGCCUCAUUAAAAAUACACCAAGAUCGUGUUCGCAAUUACACGGACUUUAGACACCAUCCUUUUUUACAUUCCCCACCCGCGCGCCUUCUCCCGUAUCUAUUUCCCCUCCCUUAAGUUUAAUUCCCCUUUAAGUCCCGUUGCAAUGACUUCAAGCGGAUAUAUACCUGGCACAGUAGAUACGCAGAGUCGUUAGAGAGAUAUACGAGGCAUCGAGUUGCCACACAGAUGCCUCUAUCGAUUGAAAAAAAAAAAAAAAAAAAAACUGUCCGAGGAGGGCGAAGGGAUCGUCUCGAAGGGGACGUGGGUGGUGGUGGAGGAGCGUGGAGGAGGAGCAGGGUGACGCGUAAACCGUGUUAUUGCAGCAAGUUUCCAUCCCCGGUCAAAGGGGGUUUCGCUCAUUAAUGCGAACAGCCUAACUGCGCGCACAAAGUAUCCUCGGCAUAAUAAUUGCACACGGCGAGUGACGCUGCCUCGUCAUGCGCAUCCCUGGUAAACACGCCACGGCUAAUAGUACGUACGGGGGUCCCCUCCCCCCAUAUAUAUAAUUGAGGGGAUCGUACGACACGUUCUAUUUUCGCGUAUACUCUCGUUACUUGGAUGGGGAGAGACGGGGGCGAUUGGAGGAUUGGAGGUGUUCCGACGAGAUUCGCGGGGAAACAAAUCUCGUCAACAAUGGGUAAAGGUGUUCUGUUUCCGCUUAAUUUAUAUCCGAGUGGACGUUAUGCGAACCUUCACGCGUAAAUAAACGUCUCUGAAAAAUUAAAGGAUUACGAAGAUUUAUCAUUUCCGGACGAACAAAUAUAACAUUUUGAAUUUUAUUUCCUCUAACUCGGUUUCAAAACUGGAUUUAUCGGAUAUCAUUGAAAGAUAGAAAAGAAAAGAGAAGCAACCCUUGACGAAAUCUUGCCAACUCGAAUCCAUAUGGAGUCGUCCAAUCUCGACAUCAAGUUGAGUCGAGAACGUGCACAUACGCGACGGGGGGGAAAUUAAAGGACGAGGAGAGGAGAUGAUGGCGUGGAGAAAUCGUGGAGAAAUCCGACGACCGCCCCGUUAUAUUUCACCGCUCGUUUUCUGACGCCCGAAACGUGACGGAUCCUGGUUUAAUUCCUUGGAAACGUGAGACGAAAGUAUCUUCCCCGGCGCGAUAAUCGUGGGCGUCGAAGCGAUAUACGGAGAACACGUCAAAAUACAAAAUUACAAAAAUAUACUCGUGGCGCCGUACCAACCGAUCGCUGCCGCGCUUGUUUCGAACGUGCCCACAUUUACAUAUAAACAACGUCGUGAAUUAGCGUGCAAUUAAAGUCCGUGUGUAUGUGUAUUUACAGGGCACGGCAGAACGAUUGGAUCGGACGAACCGCGACUCUGCUAGGCCGCUUAAAAUAUAUCACGACGAUAUUCGUGUAACCUCGCUUCCGGCGAUAGGAGGUCGCGGCUUUCUUUGUGCGAACCAGGAUUUGGGGAUGACUCGUUUUUCCUACGUUUCUUUCGUACGUGUCCCUUUAUUAUAGAAACGUUAGCGCGAGAGGAUUUUCAAAGUCGUCUGAGAAAUCUUCGAAUAUCGCGUGGCAGAUCUGCGAAGUUCCAACUUUAUUUUUAACUUUAAUAUAAAAUAUGAAAUUUGUGAAAAUUGUUACGGAGGAUAAUGUGAAAUUAGAUUUCAUCGAGUCGUAGAUAACUUGAUGAUUUCGAGACAGGUAGUAAAAAUAAUUUGAAAUUACAAAGAAUAGAGAUAAAUAGAUCUCUUCUUUGAUUAAUUAGCCACGGUGAAUAUUUACUAUACCGCGAUAAUAUUUAAGUGUACGUACACGUACGUUUGUUCUCCGUUAAAUUUUCCUCUUGUAAAAAAGAAUUAUUCGUCUCUUAUACUCUUGCUUCCAAAACGAUUAGGAGAUAACUGUACAUUGGCACCUAUUUUUUUUUUUAAUUUUAAUUUUAUUCUCUUUUUUUAUUUUUUUUAUUUUGCAUUUAUGUUGCAAAAU